CAGGUCUCGGGCCCUCAAGCGGAGCGGCGGGCGCCGGACCCCAAGGUGGGCAACAGGUCUCGGGCCCUCAGGCGGAGCGGCGGGCGCCGGACCCCCAGGCGGAGCGACAGGUCUCGGGCCCUCAGGCGGAGCGGCGGGCGCCGGACCCCCAGGCGGAGCGACAGGUCUCGGGCCCUCAGGCGGAGCGGCGGGCGCCGGACCCCCCAGGCGGAGCCGGCACCGAGACAGGUCUCGGGCCCUCAGGCGGGGCGGCGGUGCGCCGGACCCCCAGGCGGAGCGGCGGGCGCCGGACCCCCAGGCGGAGCGACAGGUCUCGGGCCCCCAGGCGAAGCGGCGGGCACCGAGUCACCAGGCACGACAGUGGGGCUCCGAGUCAACUGGCAUGACCGCUGGCACUGGGUCAGACAUGGAUCGUCUGGCUGGACAGCGGGCAUCGGGUCACCAGGCAUCAGGUCAUUUGGCUCG